AUGUCCAUUAAAGAUAUUGGUUGCAAUCGAACCUACUAUGGAGAUAUCGGUUUGACAUAUUCAUUAGAAUUACAUCGUCCAAAGCAGGAUCGUGUUCCGUAUGUUUGUGUGCUAACAUUUACAGCAGCAGGUGGGCAACAUGGUGACGUUGUACAGGUAACUUUGGACAGUUUCACCAUUGGACGUUUUACAUCAUAUCUGCACGAUGGCUGCCCGGAUGGAUACAUGCAAAUUGCUGAGUCGGCUCGUACGCCCAUUGGCGGUAUGUGGUGUGGCACCUCAUGGGGACCAGUUUUAUUUUACAGUGAAACGCGAUCACUGAUUUUCACAAUUAAAUUAAACAAGUUAGCAAGGGAUCAAAGCGGUUACAAUUUCGAUUUUCGCAUCAGAUAUAAGGUUUUAUCUCGUGACAGUUCGGUUACUCGUUACGGUGGCAUCAAACUCGAAGAAUUGAAUCAAUGGUACAACCGCAGCAAUUACCUUAAUCAAAAUGCAAUUGAGGAUUUUACGAAUUCAAGUGGUGCACAUUCCGAUCGUUACGGGCAGGACUUCAGUUUGUUUAGUCAAUAUGCCAAUAAUAAAACUUUUGUAAAUUCCUUACAAAAACUUGUGGCAAAGGAUGAAAAUAAUUACACAGAACCACGUUAUUAUUUGGGUGACUUGAUACCAGGCACGUAUUGUUCACGAAUUUUUAGUGACUGUGACAAAAAAUCUUGCCGUUUGCAGUCUCCCAAUUAUCCUGGUAUCUAUCCAAGGAAUCUAACAUGUUACUUUGCAGUCAGACAGGUAUUGUAG